CCUUGCUCUUGCAUAUUCACAUCUUGACACCAACAUUUAAAAUGGACUCACAACUCUCUCGCACCGUCGCCUCUGACUCAGAGAAUGACAGCACUCGUACCAAUGCGGGCGUAGCCUCUACCCUGCCGGUGUCAGUGCCGCCUAGUUCUGCACAUCUGGAUGCCCCUCACUCCGGUGAAGGCAGAUCCAUUCUCAAUGCGAAGCAGAAGCAAAUCGCCGCCGGGCUUUCUAGGUUGCUGAAACGCCCCGAGAGGAAGGCCAAAGCCUCCGAAAGCAGGGUUGAACAUUAUCUGAUACCGGCCAACCGAGGACGUUCUGUUCCUGAAGGUGAAAGUGUCCCAACCACCUCGACUGUACCCGGUUCACGCUAUUUCGAGCGAGGAGAGGAAGAACUUGACUCUUACCUUCCUCCCAUAGCAGGGCCGAGCAAUUUCCCCGCUAAUGGAGCUCCCCCUCAUUCCUCUCUGCGUAUCUCCCAGUUCAUUCACCAGGGUAAAGAACAAGCGAAGCAAAUUGUACCCGUCGUCGUCGAUUCCGACGACGACUCCAACUAUCAAGAGUCGAAGCCUGCACCUGAGCCCGUGCCUGAACCUGAACCUGAGCACGAGCGCGAUACAUUUGCCCCUCCCAACCGCCACAUUCACAUCUUCAGCGCCUUCUCAGCCCCUCCCACCCGCAUGCAAGAUAUCUCAUCGGGGGCCAUCAACCGUGGAUUCCACUUCUCAGAAUCCAGCUACAUGCGGGAACACCAAGGAGAAGCCGACUUGGACUCGGAAGAGGAAGACGAUCCCGGACUCCGGCGUCUCAGGCGAGCACUGCCAAUUGCCCGAGCAGACAGGCAUGCAGCAGGACGGUCAACAGUCGCUUUGGGACCAGCGAUCACCGCGAGGUAGCCCACAACCCAGCCCGCAAUCCAG